AUUUACUCCUUGGGUUCUUAUGUGGUUCCUUUAUUACAAAAUUUUCAGUGGUUGUUAUGAACUGAAAACAAACGGAGCGGCUUCCUGACUUUAACAAUCAAUCAGAAUGAGGAUGUUUUCGUGUUUCAUUCUUGUGGUGUUGGUGGCGCUGAAGACAACAAUUGCAUCUAUAAUCAGUGAUGUGACACUUAAGGAUGAUCAAUUAGACAACAUUACACUCCAAAAUACCUUUGACGAAGAACAGUCUAUGGAAAACCUAAAACCAGCUUCGAAACAAAAGGAUCAUCCAAAAGAACGACCGUCUCUGGAAAAUGUUAUUGGUAUUUCAGUGGGUUCUUUAAAAAGACCUAGUAGAAGUAUCGCUAACGAUAACACUUUAGUUCGAGAUUAUAUGAAUUUCAAUAGGAAUGAGCCUUCCUCUGGUUUUAUGGAUAAUGGAGAUCGAAGAAAUUCAGUAAUUUUGAAAAAACAAGGCUAUAUGACAGAGGUAUUCACUGGUAACCAGAUGCAAGGAGGUGGAGGAGAGUUAAAAAGAAAAAAAGAUCUUCCACCGGGUUUUUUGGGCAGUCGGGGCCGAAGAAGUCAAGUGAAUUUUAAAAGACAGAACGAUGACCUUCCACCUGGAUUUAUGGGCAGCCGAGGACGCAGGAGCCAAAAUAAUCUUGAUCUGUUGUUAGAGAAGAUGGAAAGUCUGGGUUUAAGGAGUGAAAGGGAUUUCAAGAGACAAUAUACAUUUCCCCCUGGUUUUAUGGGCAGUAAAGGUCGGAGGGCUCAAGGAAACACAAAAGGUCGUCAAGACUACACGGGCUUGAAAAGAGAAAACAUAUAUCUGUCACAAUUUAUGGACGAUUGGAUCCGUAAGGUUCAAACAGACUUCAAAAGAAAUAACAAAACUCCACUGAAUUUAAUGAAAUAUGAGAAUUAUAAAGAUCAAAUGAUUUCCAAUCCAGAAAAUGCUCUUCCAAUGGAAUUGUUCGCUAUUGAAGGCCGCAGAAGUCAAACUGUCUUAGAUCACCAUAAUAACCUCCCAGCAGAUUUUAUUGGAAGUCGAGGCCGCAGAAGUCAAACUGUCUUAGAUCACCAUAAUAACCUCCCAGCAGAUUUUAUUGGAAGUCGAGGCCGCAGAGAUAAUACGAGCUACAAGAGAGAAAAUGAGCUUCUGCCUGGGUUUUUCGUCAGUCGUGGAAAACGAAAGGAACGCUUAGGUGUGAAAAAACAACUACCUCCUGCUGGUUUCGUUCUAGCUCGUGGUAAACGAGUAGAAAAUGAGUUUAUCCAGCUAAACAACACACCAUUGGACAGUAAAACAAACGCCAUGCGUUCUGGAAAUAAAAAGGGUUGACAAACAGGAAAGCGCAUAAGAAAUAUGUUCUUGGAGUGCAAGGUUAGAUUAUGUGUAGAAUGUAUGAGGAUAGUCGUGAUUUAAAUCUCUUUUGAAAACUUCAAAUUCCGUAAUUGUAAAAAUGUAAA